AGGGUUUUCAGCACCAUACAGCAGCCAUAUGUAUCCAAAUGCAGUACAGAUUAUGGGAGAGGGAAGCCAGAGGCCACCCAGUAUAUCUGCAGAGUCCCCAUCCCACCAUUUGUCACGUCCAUUUCAAACUCAUUUUAAGAAGCAAUUAAUAUCAUCAACUCAGAAUUCUGCAACAGUUGAAGGAGUAGCACAUGAAGAACAACCCAAAUCCACAGAUCCCAGUCAAAAGCACGAUCAGAGUAGUUUAGGUCGGCUUCCACAUCAUGAGUCUGCUCCAGUUUCUCAGCCAAAUCCACAGCCAAACAGGUUUGAAGCGUACCAGUCAUCCAGCACUUGUAGUUAUGCAGGUCUGGUCCCACGACCAGGAGCUCUUCUUGAACCUUCUUUCCUGAAAAUGAAUCAGGCAGUUCCACAACCUGUUAUCCUCACCCAGAAUAGACAAGUCCCUAUAGGACACCCAGUUGGUGCACCAGGUCCUAGUCCAGUGGUGGAGCAUGACACAAGAUCUGUUGAUUCUCUUGGUUCUGUUGAGUUACCUCAAACACUUCCUAGCCACCCGUCCGGUACUGAUCUUGAUGAUCGGUUGCCAGCAACUCCAUAUGGACAUAUUCGAUUGAUCAGAGGAUCUCCUGCAUCUUCAUCUAGUUCAAAGAGCAGGUCAGAUUGGUCAAGAGAAAGCACACCCAGUGUAAACUCCUUCAAAAUCCCAUCAUCUUCUCCAUUCUCAGACCCUCAAACUCAGCAGACUUCCCCUCUGUCUCUUGUUAUUCAGAAAGUUAAUAGUGGUGGAAACCCCAUCUCUACCCUACUCCAUGAUGACUUAAUCAAUAGGUCUAGUGUUCAAAGUGGUACUGAAGUAACACCUCGAGAGGCCCAGCAAACUCCAUUAAGCUAUGUACCUGCACCUGUACCUCUUCCUGUACAAGAGAUUUCUGUACGUGAUAAACGUUUUGUUCCCAUACGAAAGAGAAGUGUCCAGAUAGUUUCUGAGGAUAAUAAAGACUCAGAAAUUCAAUGUCAAGGAACAUUUACUUCUCAAGCCCAAGUUGUGUCACUGGUACGACUGACUCCGAGUCCUGCCUCAUGUAAAGAGAAUGAUAUUAAACCACCUGAAGAAAGUGUGCAGUCUAUGGCUCCACCCAGUGUUCCUGGGAUCACACCUUUAUUACCUCACCCAAGGUACCAUCCUCAUGCUCUGAAAAUGAGACCAGAAUUGGGAGGUAGAGCCAUUCAGAUGUAUAAGGAAAGGCCAUUUAUGAGAGGCUCAAUAUUAACAACAUCAAAGGCAGCCCCACCCCCUCUACUCAGCCCAGGUGGCCAUGGGCAUCGUGCUGGGGUGUAUCCACCACAACAGCCACCAAACAGGCCACACAUAGGGUCAAAAGAGGACUUAACAUCACAGAAUAUGGGAAAAGAAGACCAAGGUCAUCCGUUUUGGAGGUAUGGUUCUAGCUCAGAAUUGAGAGAGUCGCCUUUUCAGAUGGACCCUGCUUUGAUUCCCUUACGGUGGCCUGGUAUGUCAAGUGAAAUUGCAGCACAGCUGAAAGCACCCCAAAAUCUUGCUCCCUUAUAUCGACCUGGAAUUAACUCUUAUCUCUUUCGUGGGGGCUUUGCACAAGGAUCUCUCAUACCACCUAAUUAUCCAUCUCAGAUGUAUCAACAGCCCUGCAGUUUACCAGAGGGGCACAGACCACACAGUAAUGAAACUGCAGUAAAACCAGACUGUGUGAAGGAAACCAAGCCAAGUCAGGAAGUUUCACCAGAUGAUAGUCCUAUCAAUGUUGUGGAUGAAGCACCAGAACUAUUGCCUGCAAGCUCAAUUGGUUCUGAAGGGUCAAAAUUAGAGGGGUUAGGAAAGUCCUUACAACACCACCUCACGUCCCAAAAACUUCUUACUGAUGGAAAAGCAAAGGUACCCCUCACUAGCCCAGUAGUUCAUCAGAAUAGUUCAAAUCUUCUUGAAACAACAUCACACACUGGUGUGUAUGGGUUACCUCGAUCUGUGUCAGAAUCCAUUUUGAAAAGUUCUCAUGCAGGAAGUGCACUCUCAGGAGGUCUUUUCCCAAAUACCAUUAUGUCAGGAAAUAGUAGUAACUCUGUUAUUGGAAACACUGGGGGAGGAUCUUUAAGUUGUAGUGCUAGUAAUGCUGUUAGUAAUAUCAUUGAAACAGUAAAUAGCCUUGAAGGGACAGCAAAUGUAAGCACAGGUGGUGGCUCAUUAACAUCCCAAGAUGAUGAAUGUAGUGCAUCUAUGAGACAGUUGCACCCAACAACAGGAGAUUUGCAUGAUGAUGCUCGUCAUGAACAAGCAGGGAAACUGGGAAAAUUCUUAAAGAGAGUUAACAGAGGUUCGGUAGAUCACCCACGAACUGAGGCUAGCACUCCUGUCAGCAUAAUUGGUGGAGAAGAUGCAUCAUGUGUUGGUACAUCUGUUGCUGACCAAAUUAUGGAAGAUGUUCCCUCCACUUCAAAGGAAGAGCAGGAGGCACCAGGAAAGGAAAGUACACAUUGUUUCAAAGAACCAAAUUUUGAAGUAAGUUUAUCAGAGACUCAGUUGCGAGAUUUACGGAGUAUCCACCAAGAUCAGGAAACAGACCGCCAAUUCAGUAGAGGAUUCAAGAAGAGCAUUUCUUCAAAGUUUGAGGAUGACAAUGCAUCCACAGAAGUUGAUGUUGUGACUGUAUCUGAUGAAAAUUCAAAAACUCCUCAGGAAACUGAAAAUAAUCCAAUCAUCCAGAAAAGCCUUCAUUCAGAUAACAUCAGUGAAACACUGUCUAUCCUACAAGGUAUUGUUGAGACAUCAAGAGAGCAGUUCAUUUUGGAAGACUUGGAUGAAGAUUCUCAGAAACAAGACAGUAGCAAGGCAGCAAAAGAAGUUGACUUAACUCAGGUGGGAAAAUCAUCAGUGGACCGGUUAAAAGGCUUUGAGUCUUCUUUCCAUGCCUUAAAAACUAACCUACUACAGGAGCAUGAUGAUAGUGAUGCUGAUUCUGUUCGUAAUAUGGCUGGAUGUAGAAUUAUUACGAGGCGGAGUAGCUCAUCUAGCCAAGCAAGUGAUACAUCACGUUUCUCUGUAAACUCUCCGCCUCCAUGCUCCCUCCCAAGAUCCUCAGAUGGUGAGAAUACAGAAGAUGAAAUGCCACAAGCAUCUAAGGAAUUGACAACAGCUGAAGAGAAAUCCGUACCAACAGUUGCUACUUGCAGUGAGGGUAGUAACAGUCAGAUCUCAGCUGAUGGGCCAGCUGUUUCAUGUAAAGCAGUUGUUGAGGAGCCAACUGUAGAUAUCAGAGUUCCAUCAACAGAAAUGAGAAGUGAACUUGUUUCCUUAUCAGAGUGUUGCAAUGAAGUUCAAGAGGUAGAGAGCGAAGUUGAGAAAUCAGGAUCAGUAAGCCAUCAAGAUCCAAAAUUAGUGACAGAACCUGAUAUUCCAGCACCAAGGUCACCUGCUUUAGAUUCCUCUCAGAAACCUGACAGUAUCACUUUACCUGUUGAUGUUUCUAAGUCAAGCUUGGUCUCCCAGAGCAAUUUAUCAGCUAGAGAGGUGUCUGAUGAUCCACCAAGCAGUGAAUCCCUCACAGGGAAAGAAAUCGGAGGAAGUACCCCAGUUCAUGAGCAGAAUAUAGUUUCAAGUGACCAGAGUGUAAGUGCUUCUGUGAUAGUUCCUGCUGAUACUGAAGUCGAGAGACCAAAGUUAGUUUUGAAAUUGAAAACGCCCAUCAAAAGGACACCAACAAAGGGAGCACUGAAAGCUUUUAGUGAAGAACUGAUUCAAAAGGUGGUUGAAACUAGCACCCCAGACAGUAGCUCAGAAGUAACAUCCACAACACCAGAUAACCCAGUUGUUUACAGGAAGCCACGAGGAAGACCACCCAAAAAGUGCAAACCUUUACCACCCAAGAAGAGUCAGUACACCAGAGUUACACAGCCAGAAACUCCUGCAACUCCCAUAGAUGAAACAAAUACACAGAAAAAUUCUGUAGUGAAGGAAAAUAGAACGCAGGGGUUAUCUAAUAAAAAAGAUAAUUCAGGAAUUGUUUUUUCAAAACCAGAACCAGCUCCUCCAACUCGUUUGAGAGGUAGGCGUGCAUGUGCAAAUGUCUCAUAUGCAGAAUUCUUUGAUGCUGAUGCACUAACUCCAUCCGCUAAGGUUCUUCCGCCUGUGCCUCAAUUUACAAAUAUGAAUGACCAGCUUUCAGGAAGUGUUCAGCCAUCCCCUAAUAUAUCAAAUGUAAUGCAGUCACCUGGAAGUGCAGGUCAGCCUGUAAAAAGACGUCGGGGAAGGCCAAAAAAGAUAAAUAAGGAACAAGAACAUCAAAGACUACAAACAUUGCCUGAUGUACCUACAACACCAGCUGUUACACCAUUUCUUGCUGAAAAUGUCUCUACAAAGGAAAAUUUAAAUUCGUCCAUCUUGGGCUCUGGUUCCGCCAAAGAUAGUUUAACAACAAUAAAUCUCAAUGAAUUACAUGAUAAUGUACACCUCUCAGAUGAUACAGAUAAUCCUACUCCAACAAAGAAGGGAAGAAUGCAAACACAAAGGAGGUUGGCUGCUCAAUUUCCCAAUGAAUCUCUUCCUAAUGAUAACUUGGAAAAAGACAGUAAUACCAUUGAAACCUUAGAAGCUGGUGAAAUGCCUGGCAAAACAACUGAACUUGCAGGUGAAUCUCAACCAUUAGAUACACCAUCUCCCCAGCUUACUGUAGUAGGCAAUAAAGAAUCAAAAUUGAAGAUCACCAUCAGACGUACAGCAGGAGGAAAGAGGACUGCAGAUAGCACUUUCAAGAAGCCGCCAAGAAAGAGAAAGAGAAAUGAUCAAAAUCUAGCAAGUAUUGAAAAUGUAAGCUCUUCCAUGACUGUAGAUCGUCAGCUGAGUAACCUCGAUGGCAAGGAGUCACCAGAGGCUUUCCCACUCCACUGUGACCCUCACGAUCCUCUUGGUAUCGACUGUUCUGAGGAGACUGGAGGACUGGGUAAGGCAGGCAGUAAGAAUGUUUAUGAAUUUGAAGAAGACGUCAGUGAUGAAGAUGUUCCUGUUGCUCAGAGGCUAAAGAGCUGGGGCAAGACGAGCAACCCCAUGUAUAAGAGAGCAAGGAAAAUUGUGCAGAAUGCCAUAAGAACUCCAGUAAGAGAUCCAAAUUUCAGUUACUUAAGAACCCCAUCUUGUACACCCUGCCAUACCCCAGGUUAUAUGACUCCUUCCUAUAUUUCAAUGCCAUAUCCAAUUUAUACCCCAGAACACAGAGUAACAUAUUCAGGUCCUGGAUCAACACCUCGUGGAGGUUUGAAGAUUCGCUUGCGGAAAAAGCCACGCCAGGAGCAACUUAUUCUCAGGAUCAAAAAACGUAGUAUUCCGAAAGCUCAACUUCAGCCAGCUGUACCCUCUAAGUCUACUAUUAGUAGUACCUCAUCUAGCAGAGUUGAGGAGGAGAACAAUAAUAGCAAAGAAAAAGAUGGUAAAGAUACAGGAAGUACCAGUACAUCUUGCUGUGAUGACCAAGUACCUAAUUCCAGAGAUAUUCAAGCAAGCACCUCUGAGAAAAGUGAACUUACAUCACACAAAGAUGCUUCAGCUUCUGCAUCUCACUCAAGUAUCAUUAAACAGUCACUUACAAAAGAGAAGGAUUCAGGCUCAAGCAAAAGAGGACUUCCAACACUUAUCAUCAAGAAGUCAGCUGUGUCUGGCUUUUCAUCAUCGCUUGAGGCCAGUGAUAAACAAAAGGGUUCACUAAAAAGGUUAAAACAAACAGAGGAUGGAUUUGUGAUUCCAGCAACUCCAGUGCUGAGACUUAAACGUUGCAAUUCACAUUGGGAACAGAAUGAAGAAAUAAUUAUAAAAGAUAGGAGUGAGGAUGAACCCUCAGAUAUAGAUCAGAGUGCCUCAUAUGACACAGACAUUACAACUGAUAAUAAUGACGGAGCAACUACUGAUGGAGGUGUCACAGAAUCUGAAAAUGCUGAUGAGAUGAUUGGUAUUGCUAAAGUAUCUCCAGUGAUACAGACACCUUGCAAAAUUAAAAUUAAGCCUCCAAUUCCACCAGAUAAUAUUGAAGAAACAGUUCACAAACUUGAUCUUGCCAGUGAAGGCUCUAGACCUAGUAAUGAGAAAGAUAAAAUUACUGAUGCCCAAGCAAUGGAGCUGGAAGAUCAGUUGCGCAUACUUGAUGCACCUGUGUCAUCGGAAGGUGUAGCAGUUGGCAAUCUUGUUGCUGAUUCCUCUAAUACCAUCAAGAAACACACAUUGCAACAAGAUCAAACACCACAGACAAAUAUGGAAAAAGCUGAGUCUCCAGAAGUAAACACACAGCAUGACAAGAGGGAAUAUGAUCUUGGAAAACAACCUAAGGAAACACAGAACAGUAGAGAUGAAAAUAAACGAAAAGACAUUACACAACAAACAGAAAUUUUGCAGAAUAUUCCAACUCCACCCAGUUCUGUUUCAGUAGCAGAAACAUCCCCAACACAAAAUUCAGUAAUACAGACAUCUCUGCAAACUACAACUCAGUCAUCAUCUUCACCAAAACCUUCACAAUCCACAGUAGUAUAUAGUUCAGUAGGAAAAGAAGUAUUUUCAUUACCUCAGACACCCAAAUCAUGCAUGCCACAGAAUCUGUCAGAGGAGGGUGACAAAAGUAAACAUGAGAAACAAUCAUCAGCAGUACAAUCAUCACUAGUUAAAGAUACAUCUCCAGUUCCUACCCCCAUUCAGCAUGGUACACCUACAGGGACACCUCAUCCUGGUCGGUCUGUGAGAGUGGACUCUGUGGAAUUGGAGUUGGCUGCUAUCUUGGGUUCUCCAAAUAAAAGCUCUGAGAGGAUUGAAACACCAGAUGCAAGAGCGAUGAAUGAUGAAGAUCUUGAAGCUUUAUUGUUAGGAGAUAAAAGCAACAGUUCUGUUAGAAGUGAAACACCAACAACACUACAAGAUGUCAUUGAUAAAAAAAAGAGCUCCUCUGACAGUGUUGAAAAGCAGUCAUUAGCUUCUGAAGUAUACGAUCACUUACCUUGUGAAGAUUCUGAUCACCAGAUGAGUUCGUCACCUGAGCUAUUUUCUAAGGAUACAAAUUGCAUGUUUCCUGGCCCUAUAGAUUUGUCAGUUCACACUUUAAUGGUCAGGGAUAGGAAGCUUAAAACUCCGCCCAAAGUUCUUUUGCAAAAGCUUUCUCCCAAAGUGAUAGGAACUCUUGAAAGAACAUCAAGCUCUUCUCCAGAAGCAAAUGUUAGUACACCUAAAAAAUUUACAAGAAGAGCCCAAAGACUUUUAUCAACACAGGUGGUUAAGCCGACACAGGAAGAUACUGAGAAAGAUUGUAAAGCAUUGCCUGAUAAAUUUGGAGUCCGAGAAAAUGUAAAAAAGAGAAUUCUAGCUAGUCCCCCAGAAAGUUCACUAGUGAAGAAACCACGAAGAAGUGAAAGAAAUAUCAGAUCAGAAGGUACAGUUCCAAUGGAGGCCAAAUUAAGUAUGAUUUUAAAAGAGAGAAGAUCUCAAUAUUCAAAAAGUAAAGACAGUAGUAGCUUGGAUUCAAGUACUGAAGAACUGAUGUUUGUUCAGGACACCGAACCACAAGAUGAGAAUGGGUCUUCUGAAGCUCCAAUCAAUGAAUCUGAACCCAAAGAAAAAUUGAACAGUGAUAAAGAUGGUAAGGAUAACACUGGAGAUAAGACUGUGGAAGAUGAUGAUGUCUUGCCAUCAGUACAUAGUUCAUUUUGUGAAACUGAAAGUCCACACAGUGAAAAUGUUAAAGAAAAUCCAGUUUUGGGGAGUGAAGAAAAAUGUGUUUCCAGUAAAAAUAGUGGGGCACAGGAGCAGUUAAGUUACAUUAAAACUGUAAGUCUUCAUACUGAUGACAGCAACUCGAGCAACCUGGAAGAAAGCUUGAACUCAGAUAUUGAGAGCUCAAGUGUAAGAAGUGAUAGCUCAAAAAGCAAAGAUCAGGAGGCUAUGGAAGAGGUUCAGCAAAAGGAACCAGAAACAAGGAUGACCUUGAGGCAAAGCAGCAGACUACGCAGGCAGCCACUUCAUGUACCUCAUCGCCGUGGUAGAGGCCGUGGUAGAGGAAUCUCGCGUCCAAAACGCACCAGAAUAAAGACCUUAGCAGUUAUUAAUUCCUCUACUGAUUCCCAGGAUGAGAAUGAUACUGGUUUUACAUCAGGCAAAAGGCAUGCAUCAAGGCUUGGACCACGGAAGCAUUUGAGGAAUCUAAGAAAGCAUAGGCAAAUUAGUACAGAUGAUGAUGAUGGAUUCAGUGAUCCAGAUGUGAACAAGAAGACAGCCAAAAAUCUGAUCUUUAACAGUUCAACUUUCCAAGCAAUGUUAAAGAGAAGCAGUUCCAGAAUUAUGUUAGAUGAUGCUGAAGAAGAGGAGAAAAGCCAAGAUGUCCAUUCACCCCAACAACCAGUUUUGACAAAAUCACCCCAGAGCAAAAAUGAAGACCAAGCUGAUGGUCAGGAAACUAGGAAUUCUGAUGAUGUUAGUCCAAAAGUUGAUGAAAGUAAUGUGAAAGAUACAAAGUCAACACCAAGUGUCGAGUUGGAUGGAAGUCAGCUUACAGAAAAUCCCAAAGAAAAUGUGCCUAAGAAAACAGCAAGUACUGAAGAAAUCAGUGAAAGUAUAACAAGCGGAGCUAAAAGACUGAAUAGUAGAGAAACAGCUAAUUCAGAUAAGAAUAUUAAAUUACCUGUUAGCAAAAUAAUAGCUGAAAGAUCACAAGGAGAGGCACAAGAACACAAUCAAGAUACAGACAAGAGACUAGAUGAAAAUUGUGAUUCUGAGAAUGCUGAUCAUAAAGAUAGUUCUACACAAGGGGGAAGUCAGGACAAACUAGCACCAGCAGCACAUAGUGAACGAAAUUUGGAUGACGACAUAGAAGAAACUUUAAGAAGGUUAGAUGGUCCCUCACCACGUACUGUACUAAGGAGUCCACCCCAACAAGAGCGGAAUUGUACAAGAAAACUUUUGACUGAGGCAUCAGGAGACCAAGCGAGAAAAGAGACAGAAUCUAGCACAAAUGAAACUGCUAUUAAGAAUAAUGUGGAAAGUAAUUUAGAAUUCAAGAAAGAGGUAGAAAGAAAGGAAACAUCAGAUCAAGAUGAAAUUAUUGUAUCAUCUGAACAGCCUAUGGCAUCCAUCCUCAAGCCAUCCACAAGUAAAGAACAAGAGAAAUCUGAACAGUUGGCUGUGGAAGAUUCAUUAAAAGAAGCAGAUGGAAGCUUGAAUGCUGAAAGUAGUAAGAUAAUGCGUCAAGAUACACCAGCUCUCUCAAGUGCAGCAACAUCUGACAUUGUAUCUGAAAACACUAGUCAUGGAAAAGAGAACUCCAGUGACAAUGGAUGUACUAACACUAAUGAUGGAGAAAACAGCCAUGGAGGAAGUGGCACAGGUGGUGAUGAAGGUGGCAAUGGAAAUGAUUCGGGGAGCAACAGUAACAGUCCUGUGAGAAAUGUUCUUCUGAAGUCGGUGCAGUACAGUGACGGUAUCAACGAUCAUGACUCAGAGUAUCAUGACUCCAUGUGGAAUAUGGCCUUCCUCACACCAGAACGAAGGGAGAGGGAUGAGAUAUCUCCGCCUCAACCAAGCUCUCCAGGGCGCUCAGACUCAAACAUCAGAAGGAACCUUUCAAGACAGCAGUUAUAUCCAGCAAUUGUAACACUACAGCCUGGAAGCUUUGAAAGCCCUGUGAGAAGAGAACGAUCUGAUUCGUCAUUCAAUCUUCACAUACCCUCGUACAGCGAGAUGGAAGAAAGGGGCCCAAGUGGUGACGAAAAUGUGGAAAUCAUUUUUGAGAAGAAGAGUAGUGCAAAAGAGAAAGAAUGUGCAAUAUCCAAAGAGCAAAGACUCGAUGACAAUCAACAAGUUUGCAGCAGGGACGAAGGUAGCAGUGUUAGUGGUGAAGACUGUGCGAGUCAGUCAAUAAGUAGUGUAGUAGUAGAAGAGCAGGAAAAAGUUAUUAAAGCAUUAGAUGAUAAGGAAAACUCACCGAGGAGAAGAAUUGGAAAUGUUACAUGGUAUAGAAAUUUUAUCUGAUUCCCCACCAAGUGAGAGAGUUAAAGUAACCCAUAGCUUAUCAGCCAUCAAUGAGCUGAACAAAGAUUCGUGCACAACUUCUCCGAAGGAUUUAGGUAAACAUUCACAGAUUUCCUCAGGCAUGAUAGGCAAU